AUGCAGGUGGCGGCGGAGGAUGCCGAGCGCCUGGCCUUGGCUCGGGCCAGUCGCUGCCCGGCGGGCCACGCGCUGAAGAAGCGCUACGCUCCGGCGGCGCCACCGCAGAGAGGCUGCGCUCCCGCUUCCGGCUGCUCUUGCAGCGUGUGUCAGGCGCAAGUGAAGCGGGGCGGCGACUUGUGGAGUUGCCCCAGCUGCAGCUUCAACAGGUGCCAGAAGUGCGCACCCGUGCAGGAGGAGCGCGGCGCGGGGCGGCCGGCGGCCGGGGAGUGCUGGCCGCACGUGCCGCUGCUCGAGGAGGUGGCGCUGCCAGAGGGGGCGCAGGAGCGGUGGGAGGCGAGCGGCGGCACAGAGCUCGACCAGGUGCUCGGGAGCGGGGAAGCUGUGCUGGUGGACGCGUGGUGGAUGGUCGAGCCGGGGGAGCAAAGAGUGGCAUGA